AUGGCUUCCAUAGCAGCAGACGCUACCCCUCCAACACUGAAGCCUUACGCCUGCGUCCUGUGCCAACAGCGCAAGGUCAGAUGUGACCGACAAAGCCCAUGUUCAGGUUGCCGCAAGUAUGAGGUCAACUGUAUAUACCGCCCGCCUCCGCCACCGAGACGGCGCAAGCGACGAUCCCCGGAGGACGUACUGCUUGCGAGGCUGCGCAAGUAUGAAGAGCUCCUAACGGGUUUAGGAGUGGACGUGAACAAGAUUGACGAGCAGAAAGCGGAUAGCCCCCCAACUGCGCCCGAGACAUCAGGGUCUUCAUCCGUUGCUGCUACUGCUGCUGCUGAUGGUGAUACUGUUGGUGGUGCGCGAACGGAACCAAAGGGCGAGGAAACUGAGCUGCAUAACCAGUUUGGCCGAAUGAUUAUCGGGGAUGGAAAGUCACAAUUUUUGGAAAACAGUCUUUGGGUGAACCUGAGCCAUGAGAUUGGCGAUCCAGAUACGAUCUUUGAGAGCUCGUGCGAUAAUGCGAAUGGCGAUGCUGAUAUCCUCUGGUCCGCCGAGGACUCCCCUCGCUCGGAUGGGAGCGAGUUUAUACUGUCUGGAUCGUUGGGGUCGGUUACUCUGCGGGCCUUGCACCCAGAUACUGUACAGAUCUUUAGGCUGUGGCAGAUAUAUCUCGACAAUAUGGAUCCUGUCACGAAGCUAUGCCAUAAACCGACCGUGCAGCAGCAGAUUCUGGAUGCGAGCUCAGACCUGAAUAAUAUACCUAAGCCUAUCGAAGCACUCAUGUUUGGCAUCUAUGCGUGCGCUGUGGCUUCGCUUCGUGACGAAGACUGCAUCGUUCGACUUGGGGAGACAAGGGAGGCUUUACUUCGCAGGUUCCAUCUAGGAGUAAAGCACGCCUUGAUCAAAGCCGAUUUCUUAACUAGUUCAGACCUGACGGUGUUCCGGGCGUUUCUUUUAUACCUACUGUCAAUGAGAGGAUAUGUGGCCGUUCAAACGCUCUGGGUGCUUGGAGGAGUAGCAAUGCGAAUUGCGCAACGUAUCGGCCUUCAUAGGGAUGGUGCUCGCUUUGGGUUACCUAUAUUUGAAGUUGAGAUGCGACGUCGUCUGUGGUGGCCAACAAUGUACUUUGAUGGCCUCUGCGGCGAAUUAUGCGGCAUGGGAGUAUCGCUAGCCAGUUCGUCCUGGGACACUAAGCUCCCUCUUAACGUUAAUGACUCCGAAAUCACCCCGGACAUGCGAGAUCCGCCGAUAGAGCACAAGGGUCUGACAGAGAUGAGCUUCUGCCUUGUCAGAUAUGAAGUAGGGCUGCUACUUCGCGACUUGGCUACCUCUAGUUCCUUCGAUGGAGCCUGGGGGGCUGUGACUAACGAGUCGGUAACAUUGAGCGACCGGCUCAAGCGAAUUGAUGACUUGGAGAUGCUCCUUGAUAAGAAGUAUUUGCAGUAUUGUGAUACAUCGAUACCACUGCACCUCAUGACCUGGAUAGUCGGUCACAGCUGUAUCGUGAUGUUGAGAUUCCGGGCCCGUUCACUCUCCAACCGUUCAUCUGGACAGACUCAGCAACCAGAUCCGCAGGAAAUGCGCGAUGCACUGUUUGCAGAUACACUACAAAUUAUUGCCAAUUACCACACCUUCCGCUUGGCACCAGGCAUACAGCGAUACCAUUGGCAUGUCAGCGCGCAUUUUCAAUGGCACGCAUUUAUCUACCUGUUGCACGAGCUGCAGAGGCGUACGGUAGGCGAACAGGUCGAUAGGGCCUGGACAGAGGUUGGAAACGUAUACUCGUUCAAGCCGGAGUUGCUAUCAGACACCAAGGACGCACUACAUUUUGCGAUUGGCAAUCUCGUUCUGAAAGCAUGGGGAGCAAGGAAGGCCACCCUUGCGAUGUUGGAGGGCGGACGUGGACAGGAAUCAAUUGUGACUCCAAGUUUCAUCGAGAGACUGCAGCUUCAGCGUGUGAGAUCUACGCAGUUGUCGGCGUCGCCGCCGUCGGCCCAUGGAACGGCUACUGGAGGCCAAAAUACCCCUUCUAUGGACCACCAUCUGGCGGGUAACAGAGACAUUGGAGCUAUGCCUUCCCUGUUCCAGCCUGAUAGCACGGCAGGAUUGGCAUACGGGGUACAUAACGGCUACGGACUGAUGCCGAACAUGGCUGCCUCCAAUGUCCCAGAAUAUGAGUUCCCUGACAAUCCCGUCGACUGGUCUCGGUGGGACAUCCUUCUGCAAGGGUCGACGGCUGAGAUGAACCUGGAGUCGUGA